AUGGUGCUGAGUCACAAGCAGCGUACCCGUCAGUUGCAGGAUGUGGAGCAGCUGUAUGCCAGGGUGUCUCAGCAUAUCGUGCGUUAUGUGAGCACACAGCCCUCCGAUUACUUCAUCUCGGACAAGACGGAGUGCAUCAGAGAGGCCCAGAUCAGAGCGACACAGCGUGGCGUCAGAGUCUACCCAGGUGCAGAUCCAAAUCUAGACUCCCUGCUGCUUCCGCGUGAACGCCGUGUGCUGAGUGAUCUGUUGUGUGUCUAUCGGAAGAAACAUCGCAGUGAUCCCUACCAAGACAAGAACUUGGUUAUUCACCUGGGUGACUCGAGCGAACGACAGUGCUGGUCUGCUGCCUCCGGGCGGGUCCCAACUUUCCGAGCCACGGGUGGCCUCUUGUGGUCGGUGCCCAGGAGUCGCUGGAUGACGGCACGCGAAAGACUCGCAGCACUUGGGUUGCCAGUGACAGAUGAGACAGCAGCCGCUAUGGGUGUUCCGAAGUUUCCCUGCCUGGAUGUGCGACGGGCGCAGCAUGUGGCUGGGAAUAGCUUUCACUUCUCCACAGUGUCUGUUGUUCAGCUGGUUGCCUUGCUUUCCUUUGCCAAGAUUGAAUGCUAA